AUGGCUGAGGCGCAACAUGAGCAGCUAGAUGUUGUCAUCAUUGGCGGAGGUGUCGGCGGCAUAUGUUCACUCAGAGCCAACAUCCUCAGUAAUCCCUCUGCGUCUAUUGCUCUACUAGAAAGCCAGAGCUCGCUCGGCGGCGUAUGGGCACGCGAGCGGAUCUACGCUGGUCUCAAAUCAAACAAUGUUAUAGGGAAUUACGAAUUUAGCGAUUUCCUCAUGGAUCCGAGCAAGUUCAAGGUUAAAGCUGGACAACAUAUUCCGGGCGAAAUCGUGAAUGAGUAUCUCACGUCGUAUUGUGAGCAUUUCGGAUUGGGAGAAUAUAUCAGAUUGGAUCGGAAUGUGGAGAGUGUGACUCGGCGUGUUGACUCAGAUUCGUGGGUGGUGAAAAUCCAUAAUGAGAGUCGAUCAGCUAUCGAGACUAUCGAAGCAAGGAAAUUGAUCGUCGCGACGGGUCUGACCUCGCAGGCUUACUUGCCUACAAUCACGGGACAGGAAAGUUUUUCUCGACCGCUGUUUCACAUCGCCGACCUUAAGAGACGGGAAUCCGAAAUCGUCAAUGCCUCUGCCAAAAGAACAACAGUACUCGGAAGUGCCAAAUCCGCGUUUGAUGCCGCAUACCUCCUCGCCGACGCCGGGUUGCCGGUCGACAUGAUUAUUCGAGCCUCUGGCCAUGGCCCUUCAUGGAUGGCUCCCGUGCGCGUGACCCCGUUGAAGAAACUCCUCGAGAAGCUCCUGAAUACACGACUGCUCACAUGGUUCAGUCCAUGUAUUUGGGGUGAUUCCGACGGCUAUCCAUUCAUCCGCAGGCUCUUGCACUCUACUUGGCUCGGUCGAAAAAUCGUAGAUGCCUUCUGGUGGAUCCUCGGGAACGAUGUUAUCACACUGAAUCAAUUCGAUUCUCAUCCCGAAACAGCGAAAUUAAAGCCGUGGGUUGGACCCUUGUGGAUUGGUUCUGGACUCAGUAUUCUCAACUAUGAUCAUGAUUUGUUGGAUAUGGUCAGAAAUGGGAAAAUUAAGAUCCAUGUCGCCGACAUCGAGCGCUUGUCCGAAGGCACAAUUCAUCUCUCGACGGGAGACACAUUACCAUCGGAUGGAAUGGUGUGUUGUACAGGAUGGCGAGCGAGACCCAAUAUCAAGUUUCUACCAGACGGCAUUGAAGAUGCCUUGGGACUACCUACAGCCAACGAUCCGUUAACUGGGAAUAUGAUUCGUACUGCAGAUGCAUAUAUCACAAAGCAGCUUCCGAAAUUGAAAGAGCAGCCGGAUUUUAACCCUCAUUUCAAACUUCUCAAUGCCGACUCGGAGGUGUCGCACCCCUUACGACUGUAUCGGUUCAUGAUUCCUUGCUCAUCCAGCCUCGCGUUGUCUCGCUCAAUAGCAUUUGUCGGCAUGGUUACUUCAGCCUCGACGAUACUUCUCACGCAGGCUCAAGCACUUUGGGCCUCCGCAUAUCUUAAUGGUACUCUCAGCAUCCCAGCAGAAGAAGAAAUGCAGUGGAGUACGGCACUGCAUACUCAAUAUUGCAAAUUGCGGUAUGGAGUCGGAGCUAAUGGGAAACGAAAUCCCGAUUUUGCUUUUGAUACCCUGCCGUAUGUGGAUAUGCUUCUGAACGAUUUGGGUCUGAAAUGGAAGAGAAAGGAGAGUACAUUAAAGGAAUGGCUGGACCCAUAUGGGGUUGAGGAUUAUAGAGGACUAGUGGAGGAGUAUCUGGAGAAACUUAAGGAGGACAAGAAACAUAUUUGA